AAAAUGAAAGCAUCCUUUAGUAAUUUUCAGGUUCCAACCAUCUUUCAGAUUAAAGCCUUAGAGGAAGCGAUUUCUAUUGAACGCUCCAUAUCUUUGUCUCUCGAAGCUCCUGAUUGUUUUAAAAUUAGGGAGUUAGAGAAAGAUUGGGCCGAACUUACAAAAGACGGGAGACUUGGUAUAGAACCCACAUCGAUGUAUCGAGGAAACUGGACACAGAAAACGAAGACACUGACCAAGAAGAACAGUAAUGCCCCUCGUCAACGGAUCACACUGAAUCGAGAUGCUCUCUCCAAUAUGGAAGGCUUAAGUAUUACAAAGAAAGGUAUUAUGGUUCAAGCAAUAUUGGGCGUUGUUAAUGCGGCAUCAGAUCAAAUAUUAUAA